UAAUCCGCCGUUUGAUCUGAGCUUGUUUAUCCCGUGGGGUUGGCAGGCUGCGUAGGAGCCCUGGGGAGACGCUUGCGCAGCGCUUGCGAGCGCGGGUCUGUAUUCCAACCAAACAGAGAUUCAAGAAGCGCCUCACCUCUGCAGAGCCUGUCACACAGCCUUCAACGCUCUUCCUGGAGAGGGUUCAAAUUCAUGUUUCUCUUUUCCUCAGCAGGCCACGCGCCCAGUCCGUAGGCAUGAAUUAGAGCGUUUCUUGCAGAAAGAAAAAUCCUUCAACAUGUUCAAUUGUGAUCCCGUUUCCACCCUUUUUUCCUUAUUUUGGAAAGCAUCAAACCUCUUACCUAACUGCUGCGAGUCAGAGGGGCAGCCUGCCCUGGCAGGGAGGGAUGGCUCAGCGUGACUGGAGCCGGCCCUCCCCAGUGCUGCAGCAGAACUGGGCCCUGUUCGAGGGGCUGUCUGGGGAGGCUGGAAGCCGUGAGGCUCCGCAAGGCUGGGUGGGUGGAAUGGCCUCUGAAUGAGCUUUCCUCUGUGUGUAGGUGUGCGAGGAAAAUAAAAGUUCCAUUUCUGGGGGGAGAAGAGAGGUUUAUCUUGGAGAUAGCUGACAAGGACAACGGCGGCUGGAGGGAGGCUGUUGUUUUGUGCUGCCGUAAACCGCGCUGGGCUGUGCAGGAAGGACCCAGCGGGCGGCACGGAGUUUGUGGCCUGAGCGGUAAAUGGAGAUCUGCGGAACAAGGGCCAAGGGCUUGGCUUAAAAAAGAGGUGAAGGGGGAGAAGGGUGUGUGAAUACCGAUGAAUGAGCUGCGAUGGAUAACAAAGACUCAGAAGCUGAGAUCCACCCUCUGAAGACUGAGGACGUGAAAGCUCAAGAGAAUCAUGAAAACUCUGUGGAGAGAAGAAUUGUCAGCAAGCAGUCAUCGCGACUGUCUCGGCUGUCCCGGUGGCGCACUGCCGCCUUCUUCAUCUCAUUAUUUCUGUGUUUGAUAAUUGUAUUUGCUUUCUCGUUUAUCAUUCCUUGCCCAGAGAGGCCAGUUUCAGAAAGAACAUGGUUCCGAAACUACGACAAUGCAGUGGCCUACCAGUUUCUCGCUAUAGAAGAUGUGAACGAAGACAAGGUGCAAGAUGUCAUGUUUGCUUUCAAAGCUAGCAAUGGCAGCAGCAGCUUCAACAGAUCCUGUCUGGAUGAAGGUCUGCCUUCUCCGUGUGCCUUCAUUGCUGCUGUGUCUGGCACGAACGGCAGAGUGCUCUGGGAGAGGCCUGCUGCCGAGGAGAUCGGGUGGAUGGAGUGUGGCAUCACGCAGCUGGGGGGGGCGGAGGCCCCGGGCUGCCUGGUCGUGGGGAAGCCGGUGUCUCUUACGGCAGUUGACCUGCGGACAGGGGAGGUUCGGUGGAGAGAGUCCAGUGACUUUGGAGCGAAUUAUACUGUGCUGACUCCGGUGUCAGUGAUUCCAGAUGUGGAUAGUGAUGGAGUUCAGGACCUGAUAAUCUUUAUUGCUACAGGAGAUAAGAUUAAGACCUUCAUCCACUCAGGAAAAAAUGGUGAACAGAUUGGCUCUGCUGGAAGCUUGAACGUGGAUGGGAAAGCUCGCUACAUCAGGCUGAACCUGGACUCCUCCUCCUACUUCCUUUUUUAUACAGAAAACUCUCUCUAUGCAUAUUCCCUGAAAGAUCUCUACAGCGCAGCCACUGGGAUGGAAAUUAAGCUUCCCAGCCUUGAGCAAGAUCCUCAGUGGGAGAAGAACAUUGACCCCACCACACACCGCUUAUCCCUUCUCAGCUCCGGAGACAUUCGUUACCUGGCAAAAAUUCCUGGGCGAUCACGGGAGAACAUCUUAGUUGUAAACUCGGAGAUGGCUACGCUGAUCAAUGUGCAAAAUCUUCAGACUUUGUGGACCCUCAACGUGUCCCGUGUUGUGAGGGAACCGCUGCUUGGUUACUACAAACCCGAUGUUCUUGGUAUUGUCCUUGAGAGUGAAAUUGGACCCAACAUGAAGAAGGUUAUGAUUGUUGAGAGUGGAUCUGGAGCAGUCCAGUGGGACCUGAAGCUGAACUCGAGAGCAGAGAGCCCUGGGCCAGCCAUACUUUCUACUGCUGAUCACCGGUCCGCCUUCCUCAUCUGGGGAGAAUACCAGGUGCCAGGAAAUGAAACGAGAUCCAGAGCUCCUCUCCAGAAGCUGUAUCUUUUCCAUCCUUCUUACACUAAUGUCCUGUUGGAGCUCCGCAAUAACACAGACCAAAUAAUUGCAUUCAAUGCCACGCUGUUUGAGCGGAGCCGCCACGCCUGCUACCUGCUGCUGAGGGGCCCUCAGCCCAGCGAGGAGCCAGGGCCGGUGUCUCUGAUGAAGCGCAAGCUGAAGGAGGACGUCUCCGAGAGCAGGGUGAUCUGGCUGAGCCAGGUGGCUGUGGACAGCGAGCAGUACGUCCGGGAUCGCCUCUACAGGAUGCGAUUCCACAGCCGAGUGUGAGUUUGCUGAGGGAGGGGGAGAGGCUGCCCCGGGCCAGGCGUCUCCGAGCUGCCUCUCCUCUGCCGCCGUGCUCUUAGCAAACCCAGCUCACGGCUUCAAAUGGGAAGCUGCCUUUCUCGAUCUGCAAACCAAAGCGUGGCUGGCGGGGAAGCACCCCCAGUGCCCGGGGACGCCCCGGCCGUGGGGGCAGCUGCCAGUGCAUCUGCCCUCAGAGCUGAUGGGACUUCAGUGCUUGGCCACCGCUGAAGUGUCGUCAACUCGGGGGGGGAAAGGGCUUUCCCCUUGAUCCUUCUGUGUCCUCGGCACUGUGCUGACUCAGCCUGUGUCUGGAGGAAAACACACGCUUGCUGGGGAUGCUGGAGCUGAUUAUUUCUUGGGUGCUUGCGUGAGAAGUGGAGCUUCCAUGUGUGGUGUUAGAUUUCCUUUCUGAGUCAGCUCUCCUGGUGGUGGGAGAGUUGCUUGGCUCCCGGUUAAUUUGCAAUCGCCCUCUCCUGGAUUCAGGCCCCUGCUUCAGUAGUUGUGGGGUGUGUGUAGUGGUAGACCCCGGCCGUGGCUGGUGAUGUGGCUGGGUGUCACCCGGGCCAGCAAAACGCGGGUUAAACUGUCGUUCUACUUAGAAAAUAGCCUUUUCUCUUAAGAACAGCCCCAUGUGCCCCACGCUGCGGUCACAAGCCUCCCUGUGUCUGUCUCUGCUGCUUCUUUUCCAGCCAGGCUGUGCGGCGUUGGUGACAUCGAAAGGGAGCUGGUCUCCCACAUGAUUUAUGCAUCAAUGUUCCUCCCUGUCCCCAAUCUGAUUACAGGUGAUACGGAAGCCACCCUGAGCCCAGGCCAACUGGUCCCUGCUGGUACAGACACCACCUCUCCUGCUGGUUUGGAGGUACCAGAGGAUCUAGGACAUCUUUUCAGAGUAGAAUUGCACUUUAACCUUUCCUGGGAGCUGGGCUUGCUGCUCCGGGGAGCCCUGUACCCGAGUGGCAAUGCCAGCUGCCCUGCAAAUACUCCUCAUUCAGCCUUGCAGCUGCUGAGGAGCCUUCUCCAAGCACUGUCCCCUCUGCCAGGAGGUGGGCAGGCUGUAAGACAGGCAUGAGCUGCGCGGGGAAACAACGCGAGCUCUCUUUGCAGCACGGCUCCAGAGAGCUGUGUGCUGCCUCCCUGCCCUUGGAAUUGAAGUGAUGCUGGGUGAGGAUCUUCGGGUGCUGCCCUCUCUGCCCAGCCUGGUAGCCCGAGGGAAUGGGAGAGGUUCUUGUGUGAAGAUGUCUCCCCUGGAGACUUCUGUAGCGUGGUGUGCUUGCUGUGUGCCCCGUUCCCUGCUGGUCACUGCUGCGGACUGUAGAAAUUAGGUGCAAAGCCUGGAAAAUGGUUUGAAUCAGCUGCUUAGUCCUGAAAGUUGCAGUCCCCACGCCAGCCGCACCGAGACACCAGCCCUGUCCGUACGCUGCUAGGCAUCCACCUGACUGGUGAGAGGAAGGUGGACAGAAAACACACACCCUAAAAAUAACCUCUCUCAAGUUUUGCAGUGCUGGAGGGGGUUUGACCAGUGCCUCCCUCCCUUGCCUAGUCUCAGAUCAGGGGCUGUGUAAAAAUAGGGUGGGAUGAGAGACUUAUGCUGAGCUGUGCAGGGUUGGGCUUUGGUUAUUCUCUUGUGGCAACUGUUGAGCUUUAACCUGCUUCAGGGCAGCUGCUGGCUCGGGCAGCUGGUGUCACCCAGGCUCGUGCCCACAGCUUCAGCUCUCCUGGUCUUGCAGCAAAAUGAGCUGCAGCAUCAGCGGCCUGCCUGGAUGCUUACCUCCUGCUGGCCCAGUAGCUGCCUAAAGGGUGCCCUGGCACCCUCUGCCCCGUGACCUGUAGCUCGGGCGGUCAAGGGAGCGGUGUAGGAUGAGUGCUGCUGGCAGAGCCCAGCCCUGGGGCAUCCGGGCUGCGCAAGAAGCUGGGGCUGCUCCUGGGAGAGCACGCCACAACCCCCCCCAAAACACCCUGGACUCAAAAUGGUGGGGUUCCCUCUCUGUUCCUCUCUUUCCAAGCAGUUUUCUGAGGGAAUCUGGCGGUGCAGGGAGGCUCCCCUGCUGUAUCCCCUAGCUUAAGUCACCUCUUUGCUCAGUGAGAUAAAAGACCCGAAGGCUAGCAGCUCCCCCCCAGCCCCCGUGCCAGCGUUGCGGCGUCGCAGGGAUCGCGGGUUGCGAGGGCUGGGCUCAGCCUGUCCCUCCUCCGGCUGGGGCAGAGCCGGCAGCGUGGCGGCAGGAGCCGGGCAGUGGGAGCCCCACUGACCCGGGCGUUGGGUGCAGAUUGUAUCCCACUGAAAUCCCCCUGGCAGGGAGCAAGGUGCCCGGGCUGUAUUCUCACCGCAGUCCCACCGUCUCGGAGCUCUCCCUCCUCCGAUCCCUACCCAGACCUGACCUUUCCCAUAGGCGCAGUGAAUGUUCCUUCAGGAGAGCUGGAUUUUUGGCUUUAGGGGGCUUUUCGGGCUUUAAGUUGUCCAUUAAUGUUUCCAGAUACUUUGGAAAUGCAGGUUUCCCUGUGGCAGCUCAAUUAAAUGCAUCAGUGCCAAACCAGCACCUUCUUAACAAAACAAGUCCUUUUUCCAGCUUAUUUUCCUGUGUAGCUGUUUUUUGUCUUGGUUUGUUGUUUUUUUUUUUUUUUUUUCCAGUAUUUAAUGAAUGACUUUGUGCCUUGAUUCAAUAACUCAGAUGGGUGAUGAUGGCAUAUAUCACUGUGUUAUGUAUUAGUGUGUUUUUUAACACUAAGACUGUUUGGUUUGGUUCUUUAACUUAUUGCAAAUUGUGCCCUACAGGACUUGGUCUAACCGAAAUGGUUUCAAUAAAUCCUCUUUUGCAUUGUUUGUAAA